AUGUUGUCCCUCCGCCGAGCGCGUGAGCUGUUCACACGCCAUCUGGCGUUUGUAGGACCCGGCCUGGUGGCAUCGGUGGCAUACAUUGAUCCAGGAAAUUGGGCAACCGACUUGCAAGCUGGCGCCGCGUAUGGUUACAAGUUGCUGUUCAUCGUGUUCCUCGCCAGUUUGGCGGCGGUCGUCCUCCAAAUCCUCUCUGUGCGCCUCGGUGCCGUCACCUCCGACUCGCUCCCCGCGCAGACGCGCGCGCUCUUCCUGCGCUGGGAGGCAAAGUACCCCAAGUACAAGCGUGCCCUCCGCUGGUGUCUGUACGCGUUAUGGGCUCUCGCCGAGAUUGCCAUUAUCGCGACCGACCUCGCCGAGCUGCUCGGUAGCGCCAUUGCGCUCAACCUCCUGUUCCCCCGCCUCCCUCUCUUCGCCGGCGUCCUCAUCACGGCCGCCGACGUCAUGGUCGUCCUCCUCUUCUUCCGAUCCAACUCGGGCCGCCAGGGCAUGAUGUUCUUCGAGUUUGUCAUUGUGGCGCUUGUGCUCGCCGUGUUUGUGAGCUUUAUGAUCCUCCUGCACCUCAUCAAGCCCGAGUGGCGCGAAGUCUUCCUGGGUCUUGUCCCGUCCAGGACCCUUGUCAAGCCCGGCGCGCUCUACGUCGGUGUUGGUAUCAUUGGCGCCACGGUCAUGCCGCACGCACUAUUCUUGGGAUCACACCUCGCGUCUGUGGACCGGUUGGGCAUGCUCCCUGUUCUUCCCUCGCGUGCGAAAAAGCCCAUCAACAACCGCCUGCCUUCGUUCAACCCACUCGGCCGCCUGCGUCGUCGGAAUCCGGAGCCGCAGCCCGAAACGACAGAGGUAGAGCUUGAGGAGGUCAACCAGGCGGGCCCCUCGCAACUCCCGGACCUUCCUCGCGUGGAAAGUGACGUGGGAAUUGCUCCGGCGCCUAAGACGUUCGCGGAUAAGGACGACGACGACUACCAGGUCGCCAUGGAAAAGUACGACGCGGACGUGCGCGCCUUUGACCGUAUCCGCUGGGCCGACCUGCACGUCAUCCACGCGACCAUUGAUACGUCGUACAGUCUCCUCGGCUUCGCCCUCACUAUCAACGCUUCCAUCCUGACGCUCGCCGGUGCGGCGUACUACUACGGCCAGAGCGGGGCGACCGACGACGCCGACCUGGCGGGCGCCCACGCGCUUAUCAAGGAUUAUAUCGGCAACGGCGCCGCCAUCAUUUUUGCCCUUGCCCUCCUAUGCGCGGGCCAGAGUGCCAGCAUCACCGCGACGCUCGCUGGCCAGGUCGUGUCCGAGGGCUUUCUGGAGUGGAAGACGAGCCCCAUGCUGCGUCGUCUGCUCACGCGCUUGAUUGGUGUGGUCCCCGCAGCCAUCGUGGCCGUCGCGGUUGGCAACAAGGGGCUGGACGACAUGCUCGUCGCGUCCCAGGUCGUCCUCUCCAUCGUGCUUCCGACAGUGACCAUUCCGCUUGUCUACCUGUGCUCGCAAAAGGACGUCAUGGUCGUCCUCGGACCGAUCGACGAAACGCAGCCGCCGGUGCGUGCCGAGUCGGUGCCAGCUUCUGCCUUGGCUUCGGCUGCGGCGUCGAGGCAGGCUUCACCAGCAGCCUCACACCUGUCGCUUCCGCUGCCGCUGCCAUGCGCGUCACGUCCAUCCAGCCCCAGCCUGGAAGUGCCACCACCUGCCCAGCCGGCCGGGGUCCGCCGCCGCAAGUUCUUUACGUCCAGCAAGUGGGUCACCGCACUGGGUUACUCGCUGUGCGGUAUCGUUAUCCUUGCGAACGGAUACGUCAUUGUUGAGUUGUGUCUGGGUAACGCCUAA